AUGAGCGGUCUUUAUAAAGGAGGGGUUUGUGUGGAGGCCUCACUGAGCACCAUGAAGACCCUGAUCCUGCUGGCCCUGCUGGGAGCAGCCUUUGCUGCAGACGACAAGAUUGUUGGAGGAUACGAGUGUCCCAAGAACUCGGUCCCCUACCAGGUGUCCCUGAACUCAGGGUACCACUUCUGUGGAGGGUCCCUCAUCUCCAGCCAGUGGGUCGUGUCUGCGGCUCACUGCUUCAAGUCUCGCAUCAAUGUCCGUCUGGGAGAGCACAACAUCGCUCUGAACGAGGGCACGGAGCAGUGGAUCGACUCGGCCCGAGUCAUCAAACACCCACAGUACAACAGCAACAACCUGGACAACGACAUCAUGUUGAUCAAGCUGAGCCGACCCGCCGCCCUCAACAGCUUCGUCAAGACGGUGGCUCUGCCCACGCGCUGCCCCGUGGCCGACGAGAACUGCCUGGUGUCCGGAUGGGGAAACAUGUCUGCUAACGGAAGUAUGAUGCCCGACAGGCUGCAGUGUCUGAGACAGCCCAUCAUCGACGACAGGAUCUGUCAGAACGCGUACCCUCACCUCAUGAAGCCCAGCAUGCUCUGCUCCGGCUUCAUGUCCGGAGGAGCCAGCAGCUGCCAGGGAGACUCUGGCGGCCCCCUGGUGUGCGGAGGCAUGCUGCAGGGAGUCGUGUCCUGGGGCUACGACUGCGCCAUGCAGGGCCACCCCAGCGUCUACGCCCGCGUCUGCCGCUUCACCGGCUGGAUCCAGUCCACCAUGGCCAACAACUAA